ACAACUCAUACCAAAUUAAGCAAAUAAACUCAAUUAUAUUGCACUUCUUCUUCCUAACAGUACUCUUUCAUUUCUCUUGUAGUCCAAUCAUGCCGGAGCGGGAGAGCAAGACCACUACCACUGCCAAAGAUGAAUGGGCAAUCCUUAUGGAUGACAGUGAAAACUAUGUGAAAAUACUUAGGUCCAACACCAAGCCUCUAAUUCAAAGAGUCCCCAAAGUCCUCUACAAGCAAGAGACCAACAACAGGAAGCUCUUCAUCCCAGAGGUCAUAGCCCUUGGCCCAUAUCACCAUAACAACCAGGAUCUCAAAGACAUGAAACAUCACAAGUAUUUGGCCGCCAAACAGUUAAUUGGAACCAAACCCAUACACGUCUUCAAGGCAGGAAUCAACGAUGUCAUCUCCAAAGUGAGAAAGUGUUACAAAGAGGAGCUGCAGAUGGACGACGAUAAGUUGGUCACAAUGAUGUUCUUUGACGGUUGUUUCCUCCUCCGCUUCAUUGAUUUAUUUGUGAAGCGCAAGUUGGAUGAGCUCCAGAUGAGAGCCCAUCUCUAUGGCUUCAUUCACAAGGACAUAUUACUUCUUGAGAACCAGGUUCCCUAUGUGGUUCUCAAAGUCCUGAUGAACAUGACGACAAAGGUGGACAUAGACUUGUUCAUGGGGAUAAUGAUUGGAACCAGCUCGAACAACACACGGGAGGCUGAAGCUGAGCCAGUCCACCUUCUCGACCUCUUCAGGACCACGUUGCUAGGCAAAGCAGCAGUGACAGCACCCAUCUUGCCAAAUGCUGACAGGCAACUCUUCCGGUCGGUUACUGAGCUAAAGGAGGUGGGCAUUGAGUUCAAGAAAAGCGAGAAAUCGUGUCUGAGAGAUGUAACGUUCAAUGAAGGCUACAUCCACAGCUAUCUCUCACUCCCACUGAUAACAAUAGAUGAUUCAUUCCAGUCAAGAUUCUUGAACAUGAUAGCAAUGGAGAUAUGCCCGGACAGCAAGCUGGAGCAUGCAAUCCAGUCCUACAUUUGGUUCAUGGACUGUCUCAUUGACCGUGCAGAUGAUGUGAAGGAGCUGAGAUCAGCAAAUAUUCUUGUUAAUUAUCUGGGGAGUGAUGAGCAGGUUGCUAAUCUAUUCAAUGAGAUAUCUACUGAUUUGGAUCCUGAUCUUCGUACGUAUGGGGAGGUGUUGUCUGGGCUUCAGAGGCAUAGAAAUAACAACGUUAGGGUAUCCUUUGUGAGGUUUUAUAACACUCAUUUUAGCAGCCCUUGGACGGCCAUUUCCUUCUUUGCAGCUGCUUUCCUUCUCCUGUUGACAGUGGUGCAGACAGUGUUUGCUGUUUUCCCUCCGAAGUCAUGAGGGUUUGCUAUUGUGAUUUGUGUGUUUGAUUUGUUUGUAAGUGAUUUUGGGGCGUGUGUGUGUGCGCUUUUCCCUUCUUCCUUUCUUUUCUCUGGGUGAAUUUGUUUGCAUGGAGCUGUGUGUG